UGUAUAUGUAUGUAUAGUAAAUAAUCUAAUAUACAGAUAAGAAUGUUUGUCAACAUGAAAGCUUGAGCCCAAAACGAUUCAAAAACGGCAAUUCAUUAUAUUGAUAACAGCUACUUUGUUAAUAAUAAUUCUAAUAUUUUUUUCAGACGCUUAUCUUCCAACCGGGUUUGUCAAUUACACUUAAAACGAAACCGUUAACGGCUGGCAGCUGUUUUAUUUUUACACUACUACUGUCUACUUCAAAAUUAUACUUGCUAAAAAUACACAUACAUAUUUACGUUCAGGACGUGCAAAAAACUAAAGAUUGUUCAGGCAAUCAUCGUUCGUGGGCUUACAAUCCAUUGAAAUCCAAUCCGGGGCCUAUAUAAUAUAUAUACAUACAUAUUUGUACUUGGCGGUAUACUAGCUGUUGAUGGCGAUGCAUGCGGAAAACAUGACGCAAUAACUAUAAUAUAUUGCAACUCCACCGAUGAGAUUCAAACCUAAUUGAAUGAUUUUUGGAGUUCAUAUUUGCGCUCAUGAUGUUGGACCCUAUGGAGAUUUUUAUGGACUUUCAACUUUCUAUAUGAAUUGCUAAUGAUUUCGUAGUACUACUGGGUGAAGAGUUGUUUGACAUUUGACACAUUUUAUGCAUGUUUUUCUAAAGCUUUAUACAUAUUUUCUGAAACGUAAACAUACAUACAUACAUAAAUAUUGUCAAAAUUAUAUAUAAAUAUUGCCAGGAAAAACAAUAAUAAAAUGUCGAAUUUCAAUAAAAUUUUCAAUAGUACGACCAUCACUGGACGCGCCAAUGUUGCCAAAGCGACUUACGCUUCCUUUGCCUUGUUCUACAUAAUACAUCGCUUACGCAAACGCUCAAAGCCUGCAACGCAUUGCACCGACUGCGAGUGUAAGAAUUGUCACGAUGGAAAAACAGCAACGCCAGAUCAAUAUGAUAGAGAUGCCAGCGGUAGCGCGUGCGAUGUUGAGACUUGGCGGCGCGCAAUUGACGCGAAUAAACCGUCAACAACAAAUACCGGUGGUACUGUUGGUAAUGAAAACGACAUUACGGUGAAUACAGUUGAGGUGGCAGAUGCAGGAAGUGCCGCUAAACGCGAAGUACACAUUUUGGGGCCCGUAAAAGUGCAUAAGCAGCAGGCAAAAAUGAAAUCCUGCGAUGCUGAUAAUUAAUCGAUAUUUAUACACAUUUUUUUUAUAGAUUUUUUUUAUAUAUUUUUUAUGAAUUCAACAUUUUUCGAGUUUCAACUUGAUUUUUCGAUAACUAAAUUUUGAAAACUUAUCAAAUAAAAAAAAAUUUUAAACAUCGUUACAUAAAAGAAAACUGCUUU